AUGAUCUUGUUCCAAUCAUUAUGUUCACAAUGCUAUGUAGGUCAUACUCCGAGAAGAAUUAUUAAGUUACCCAACUUCAUAGCCGGAGUGAGAAUGGUAAAUCGCAACGAGGGAAGGGCUGUGGCGUGCGUCCUACUUGCAGUCAUGGCAGUGGUUGCAGCCGCAUCCUACGACCGAGAGAGGCUUGAAAUCGCUAAACAAAUACUUGAAGAAGUUCCUCUUACUGAUGGGCACAACGAUCUACCGUGGAACAUUCGCAAAUUUCUUCGCAAUCAGAUCAAUGAAUUCGAGCUCGAUACAGACCUCACACAAGUGGAACCGUGGUCCAUCUCUAAGUACUCGCAUACGGAUUUGCCUCGGCUUAGGGAAGGCAUGGUCGGCGCCCAGUUUUGGUCCGCAUUCGUCCCUUGCGCUACUCAGAACAAAGACGCGGUCCAACUGACACUGGAGCAGAUUGAUGUUAUCCGUCGUCUUGUUGACAAGUACCCUCAGCAUCUGCAGCUCGCAACAUCAGUAACGGAUAUUCUCGAAGCCCACAGUGCUAGACCACGUAAAAUUGCAUCCCUUAUCGGCAUUGAAGGUGGACAUUCUAUUGGCAAUUCCCUGGGAGUUCUCAGAAGCUACUAUCAACUCGGUGUACGCUAUAUGACCCUUACCCACACUUGCAAUACACCCUGGGCCGAUUCUGCCAACGAGCCACCCGCUGCGAAUGGUCUAACGGAAUUUGGAGAGAAAGUAGUGCGCGAGAUGAAUCGUCUCGGCAUGUUGAUAGAUUUGUCUCAUGUGGGGGAGAACACGACGCGGGCCGCAAUCCGAUUGUCGAAAGCCCCCGUUAUCUUCAGCCACUCGUCCGUUUACAGCCUUUGUCCCCACAAACGAAACGUCCCAGACGAUAUCAUCCAAUCCAUGAAAGAAAAUGGUGGACUCAUCAUGGUGAACUUCUUUCCGGAUUUCGUUAAAUGUGCACCAAACGCUACUUUGUCUGACGUUGCAGAACAUUUCCAUUACAUUAAAAGGCUGAUUGGGGCUGACUACGUCGGUAUUGGUGGUGAUUUCGAUGGGGUUAACAGAGUUCCCCGUGGCUUGGAAGAUGUUUCAAAAUACCCUGAGUUAUUCGCUGAACUAUUGAGAAGUGGACAGUGGACUGUUCAAGAACUAAAGAAUUUAGCUGGACUCAAUAUGCUUCGAGUAAUGCGACAAGUAGAAAAGGUACGAGAUGAAUUACGAACAAAUGGUGCAGAGCCCGAAGAACACCCCGACUCUCCGAGCGACAACGGAAACUGCACUAGCAAUGCCUUUUACAUAGAGGAUGUU